AUGGCAAGCAUAUUAAUAUUAGAGACUAUCAGGUUCGGCUUGGUGUAUCGAAAAGCUAGAAGAGUGGACUCUAAUCCAAGUGGAAAUGAUGGGGUUAAGAUAUCAAGUGACUCCUCCAGUCAAGUUCAAGUAAGAGAUGAACAAGUAAGAGAUGGUGGAGAAUCAAUGACAGCAAAAAAGAAGAGGAAAACAUCACUUGUUUGGAAUGACUUUCAUGAAGUUGAACUCCCUGAGGGUGGGCAAAAAGCAGUUUGCAACUAUUGCAAAUGUAGAUUUGCUACUGGUGGAAAUGGAGGCAGCACUAGCCAUUUGAGGAGGCAUUCACAAAAUUGCUUGCAAAGGAAAUUAGACCAAGGACGACAUAAGCAAUCCACUCUAGCAUUUCAACCGGCAAAUUCUUCCUUAAAUCCUUUCCUUACACCCGGAGGUAAUUAUUCUAAUGAAAAGAUGAGAGAAAUUAUUGCUACUGCUAUUAUGGUUCAUGAGUAUCCUUUUAGCAUUGUGGAUGAUACAAUUUGGAUGUGGGGCUUUAAGUUUGCUAAUAAUGAAUUUGAGAAAGUCUCGCAAUGGAAUUUACAAAAAAGAGUUUUGAGUUUUGUUAAAGUGCCACCUCCAAGGCGUGGAGUUGAUGUUUCUGAUGCAAUUUUUAAAUGUUUGCAAUUAUGGGGUAUUGAAAGUAAAGUAUUUUCAGUGUCGGUUGAUAAUGCUGCUUAUAAUGAUGUUUGCAUAAGAAACCUCAAAGGCACUUUAUCAAGAAACAAUAAUUUAGUCCUUAGUGGAAAGUUAUUUCAUGUGCGAUGUUGUGCACAUAUAUUGAAUUUAUUGGUACAACAUGGUCUUGGUCAGAUAAAGGAUAUCAUUGAAAAUGUUCGUGAAAGUGUUAAAUAUGUUAAUCAAUCUGACUCAAGGUUGAAGACAUUUAGCGAUAUAGUUAAGCAGAUGGGAAUAAAAGAAAGGAAGUUAGUUAUUGAUUGUCCCACUAGAUGGAAUUCAACAUAUGAAAUGUUAUUUAUUACUUGCAAAUUCAAAGAUGUAUUUCCAGAAUACAAAGAGAGGGAGCCACACUAUAAUUACUUGCCAUCUAAUGAGGAUUGGGAAAAGGUUGAAAAAGUUUGUAAUCUCUUAGAAGUUUUCAGUCUUGCUACUAAUGUCAUAUCAGGAAGUGAUUACCCCACAACCAAUCUAUAUCUUCCUGAAGUUUAUAGGAUUAAAGAAGUGAUUGAUGCUGCAGUUGAAGAUAUUGAUGAUUUUAUUAGAGGAACGGCAAAGCCAAUGAAAGAAAAAUUUGACAAAUAUUGGGGGGAAUGCAAUUUGUUGAUGGCUAUAGCAAGUGUAUUGGACCCACGAUGUAAAUUUCAUGUGGCAAAUAUUUGUUUCCCACUAAUAUACAAAUCAGAAAAUGAGGCAAAUUAUAAUGUGGAAAAAGUGAAUCAAGCUUUAGAGGAUUUAUACGAUGAGUCUUUUGCUCUAAGUUUGCAAGAGUCAUCCUCUAAUAAUGAAGUGGAAGCUAGUAUGAAUCAAUCAUCAUCUUCCACUCGUCCACCUCAAGUUUCACUUGGUUCUGGUUUUGCUAAAAUCAUGAACAUGGUGCGAGAAAAACAAGUUGUCCCCCCAAUAAAAUCAGAGUUAAAAUGUUAUCUUGAAGAGGAUGUUUAUAUAUGUGAUGAAAAAACUCAGCUUUCCUUCAAUGUCUUGGAAUGGUGGAAGAAUAAUAGUUCAAAGUACAGAAUUUUAUCAAAGAUGGCAAGAGACAUACUUGCUGUUCCAAUCUCUACAGUAGCAUCAGAGUCCACAUUCAGUGCUGGAGGAAGAGUUAUUGACGCGUAUCGUGCUAGCCUAGCUGAAAACACUAUUCAAGCUUUAAUUUGUGGUGGAGAUUGGCUACGCAACAAGUAUGGUUUGAAAAAAAAGCAAAAGAAUGAUCAUAUUGUUGGUGAAGGUCUCUUUGGUCUCUUAAGGAUUAAGAUCUUGCUACAUUGGGUUGUGGAGAAUUGUGAAUUGAACAUGGGAACUUAG